AUGUUGUUUAAGAUGAGCCUCAAACGUCAUCUCCAUCGAGAUUCAUUGUACGGACGACGUGGCGAUUCAUCGUCAGACCCUGCAAUACUCAAUGUUAAGGCUGAUAUUAGAAGGAUGAAUGAAGCGGAUGUAGAUCAAUUUGAUGAUGAUUUCGAGGAGGAAGAAAGGUUAAUGCAAGCAGAUCGAGCUACUAUCAUCCACAGGUCACGGCAUUACAGGACACGUAAAAGAAAAAAAGGUUGUGGUGCUUCGAGGCAUGGACAUCAGCAAAUGCUUUGCCCAACUCGAAGUUCACACCAUUAUGAUGUUUGCAUAACAUCAGAACAAUUAUGCGAUGAUGUAACGGACUGUCCCGGCGGCGAAGAUGAAAAUCCUGCCAAUUGUCUUUUUUAUAAAUCUAUGAAAGAGCAACUUAAGCAUAUUUAUAAUACUGUGCUCUUGUUGGCUGAUCACGCUACGGGUCAGAACAGUCAUCAUGAACUGUAA